AUGCCUUUGGAGUCCGCAUACAAGUACGCCCUGGACCAGUACACGGGGGAGAAGUGGAAGGAGACUGUGGACUAUAUAGAGGUUUCCCUGAGGCUGUACCGACUGCUGCGGGACAGUGAGGCCUUCUGCAACCUCAACUGCAGCUCUGUCAGACUGGACGACGAGGAGAAGUUUGCGGAAUUUCCAGAACUUCGUUCUUUCGGCAACGUCAUGAAACGAGCGCAGUGUUUGAAGCGAUGCAAGCAAGGCCUGCCUGCGUUUAGACAAACCAUGCCCAGCCGAGAAACCAUGGAGGAGUUUGAAAGAAGGGAGCCGUACAGAUACCUGCAGUACGCGUACUUUAAAUCAGAUAACUUGGCCAAGGCAGUAUCUGCUGCACACACCUUUCUUCUGAAGCAUCCAGAUGAUGAGAUGAUGCUAAGAAACAUGGCCUACUACAAGAGUCUGCCUGGAGCGGAGGAACAUCUCAAAGACCUGGAGAGCCAAUCCUAUGAGAUGCUCUUUGUUCGAGCAGUGAGAGCUUACAAUGGAGACAAUUUCCGUACAUCAGUCUCUGACAUGGAGCUUGCACUUAGAGAUUAUUUCAAAGUCUAUGAUGAGUGCCUGGCUGCAUCAGAGGGACCAAGAGAUGUAAAAGAAUUUAAAGAUUUCUAUCCAUCGAUAGCAGAUCAUUAUAUCGAGGUCCUGGAACGAAAAGACAAAUGUGAAAAUGAUCUUACACCUGUUGUUGGUGGAUUUGUUGUGGAAAAGUUUGUGGCCACAAUGUAUCACUAUUUGCAGUUUGCCUAUUACAAAUUGAAGGACUUGAAGAAUGCUGUUCCAUGUGCCACCAGCUACCUACUGUUUGACCCGAAUGAUGACGUUAUGAAGAAUAAUGUUGAAUAUUACCGGUAUCACAAAAAGCAAUGGGACCUGACAGAGGAGGACUUCCUGCCGAGAUCAGAGGCAGUGCGAUAUCACAAUCAGACAUCUUUGCAGCAUCAGAUGUUGGGCUUUGCCAGACAGCGCCUGAUGAGCGAUGACGAGGGGGAAGUAGUGGAGUUCAUCGACGAGAUUCUGGAUGAGGACGUAUAA